UCACAUUCAUUCGUAAAUACCAAAUUAGCCCCAGUGAGCGAGACUGAUAUCUACUGCGGAGAGCUGUGAUUGUGUCUGACGGCGGGCUUUGCACUAGUACCAUGGCGGCCGAGCUCUCCACCUCCAUAAAUAUUAAAGAGCCUCUCUGGGAUCAGGGAACAUUUGUGGGUCGAGCAAAGCAUUUCUUUACCGUCACAGACCCCAGAAAUAUCCUCCUGUCAAAUGAAUACCUUGAAAAAGCACGUCAAAUCAUUCAGGAUUACAGACAGGGGGUAGUAGCACCAGGUCUAACAGAAGAUGAGCUCUGGAGGGCCAAGUAUAUUUUUGACUCAGCAUUCCAUCCGGACACAGGCGAGAAAAUGCUCCUGAUUGGUCGCAUGUCUGCUCAGGUCCCCAUGAACAUGACCAUCACUGGAUGCAUGAUGACUUUCUACAGGACAACUCCAGCAGUUUUGUUUUGGCAGUGGAUCAAUCAGUCUUUCAAUGCAAUUGUCAAUUACACCAACAGAAGUGGAGACGCUCCCAUCACAGUAAACCAGCUCGGCACAGCAUAUGUAUCAGCCACCACAGGUGCAGUGGCUACUGCUUUAGGACUAAAUGCAUUAGCAAAGCACGUUUCUCCGCUCAUAGGACGGUUUGUACCGUUCGCUGCUGUAGCCGCUGCAAACUGUAUCAAUAUUCCACUGAUGAGACAACGGGAACUCAAACAUGGCAUUCCAGUAACAGAUGAGAAUGACAACAGGUUAGGAGAAUCUUCAGAGGCAGCUCAACAGGCCAUCACACAGGUGGUGGUGUCCAGAAUCCUCAUGGCCUCUCCUGGAAUGGCUAUUCCUCCAUUUUUAAUGAAUGCUUUGGAAAAGAAGGCAUUCCUCAAGAGGUUUCCGUGGAUGAGUGCACCCAUUCAGGUCGGCUUGGUUGGAUUUUGUCUUGUGUUUGCGACCCCAUUGUGCUGCGCGUUAUUCCCCCAAAAGAGCUCAAUGGCAGUGAGCUGCUUGGAACCAGAACUGCAAGAGAAAAUUCGAGCCAGUCAUCCUGGUGUAGAGAUUGUCUAUUUCAACAAAGGACUGUAAGACCAACGUCGGUAAACCUUCACUCUACUGUAAUGAUUUCAUUUCCCGUGAAUUUAAGACAUCUCCUUGUGUGCCAAAGUCUUCUCCAGGACAUCCCAACCUCAGUCAUUUUGUAAGAUGCUUUACAUUUUUGACGGUUUUAGUGAUUUUAAAUGAAAUGCAUUUUGUCAUUAGCUGUGUUAGUCAUUUGUCUUACGGUGCUCAUCCAGACUACUUUGUGUACAUGUAAUUAUUUUUGACAUUUCUGAAAUAAUCGUGUUUGCUGCCAUACAAUGUUGUUUUAAGGAUCAAAGAUUAUUGUCUUGUUCUCUUUGUUAGCAUUGCAAUCAGUAUUUCGUGUUGAUCUUUUCAUGAGGGUUGCUGUUUAUACAGUAAUGCCAAAUUUUAACUUCAGUUUAAAGUCACGUGACCUCUUUGACAAUAGUGCAAUCUGUCGAACACAUUACCAAAUACAAACCUCUGCUGCACAUUUCCUUAGAAACAGGUUUAAUAAACAGAGAAACUUAAGCACGGUUUUAAAGAAGAGUAUUAUAUUUUACUAUACUCUGUAUUUUGAGUUCAAAAAACCCUUUAGAUGUUAUGCGAGAUGUGAUCAUUAGCGUGUAUGUUCAUCUAAUUUUUUUCUGCUUGCCAGUCGUGCAUGAACAAAUGUUUAGUGAAAGCAGAGUGAGGUUAAAGUUCAAAGUGUUCUCAUUGACUGUUCCAAAGUUCACUCUAAGUUUUGUUGCCUAAAUUAUACCUGUUUUUGUCAAUCUGUAUGCCAUAUUUUCAUGCUCAAUGUUAAUUUUUUAUACAUUUGUUAAUAAACACAACAGUAAUAUAGAACUAGAACAAUAUUAACAAUAAUAACAAUGACUAAUGUAAGAUAAUGUGCUAGAUGACACCAGCUAGUUAUCGUUUUCUGGAUCUUUUUCUACAAAUUGUAAGUCUGCACAAUCCAAACAGUAUUUUUUAGUUCUUGCUAGAGUACCAGUUUAUAUUUCUGAAGUAUUACAUUGCCUUUCCUUAGACAUCAUGUAUUCUAUCCAUCUAUUUCUAAAUGUUUUAAUGGUGUUAAACUGCACAUUCCGUUUUAUUGACAGUCUUAUAUGUUUAAUGUUUUAAUAUGUUGGCUUGAAACUGUAUAACCAUAAGAGCUCUUGGUUAGCUGUUUGUUGACCGCUCCGACCUUGAUGUUGUGAGAUUGUUGAUGUGCCACAUUAGUUCAGUUAAUGAAUGUAGUCUUGGCAGUAAUGAAAUCAAACUGAGCGUGUUUAUAGUUCCAUGAGUACAGAGGUUGUUUUGUUGAAUUGUGACAAAAGCACAACAGGUGUUAUUUAAGUUUCACCCGGUUUCAUAAUUGUAUGUUUCACACUUCUCAGUGGAUGUUUAUGAAUGAGUAAUUCAUUUUUUAAAUAAUGUACUGAUUAUUAUUUUGUAGCUAGAUCAGGACUUGUUAAAAUGCACAGGGCCUCUUUUAUGGGUGGGGCCCUUCUCUCCCCGACCCAAUGAGUAGUCUAUUCCACACAGGACCUUAGUGGAACCCCAUCAUUAGCCAGGACAAUGCUCCUGGUUGUGUUCCCAUGACAAUAGGUGCUAUCUGGCCAGAUUUAAUUUGAGAUCCAUGACGUAUGGAUUUUAUAACUGAUUUCAAAGCAGUCAAAGACUACCAGCACUGUAGCCUUAAUUGUUACUCUUUUAUUUACAGUAUUGACUUUACACUUUUUUUGAAGCUUCUUUAUGAGGUUGUUGAAUUAAUUGAUUAUAUACUGAGUAAAAUCCACUGUUUUCUUGACAAGAAAGCAUCCAUGAAUUAAACAUUUAUUUUCUAAUCUUAUACUAGUACAUAAAAUAAAUUAUUUAACAAGGUAUAUUUGGAACAAAGCAAAUGAGAAUAUUCCUGAGGUGUCGGUCUACUCUUUCACUGAACAAGUUCCUCAAAUUCACAAAUAAUUUGUUUACAAUAAAUGAGAUGGGGUGUGGUUUUCAAGAUGAGUAUUUUAUUUUGUUUAUUUUACAGCGAAUGGGGAUAUUGUACUGUGUAGAUUACACUGUACUGUGUGGAUUACCUAAAUGAAAUAAAGACUUCA